AUGAAUCUUUUUUUCAUUCUAUGUCUGAUAACCUAUGUUUCACCAGUGAAAAAUUCCAUAAGUCAAAUCGAAUUUAACAAUAAAUCAGACACAAUUUGUGUUUAUUUAUAUGGAUCGAUAAUACCAUCAAAAACGAAUGCAUUAAAAGUGAAUAUUAAUAUUGCUCUUGAUUUAUCGUUUUGUCAUUUCAAUAAUACAAUUAGAAAAACCUUACAUUAUCAAUCAAAUAAUACUAGAGAAAUAUUAAUCAUUCAACUAUCAGAUGAUUGUUCUUUGAUUCAACAAUUAAAAAUUUUAAAAAAUCUUAAUUGGAUACAAAAUUAUUUUGCUAUCAUUUUUUCAAUCAAUCGUAAUAGUGAAACAUUUGAACAUACAUUAUUAUCAUAUAUUGAUAAUCAAAUAAAAUCUUCAAUUUCAAUGUUAAAUUAUUCAAAAUAUUCGUGGUCAUUUGAAUUUCCAUCGUAUAGAAAUCUAAAUAAUUAUAGUUUAAAUGAAACUAUUAUCGGUUUUAUAGAUUCAAAUAAAGUUAAACGUUUGAAUAGUUUUCUUUCGAAUCAAACAAAUUUUUUAUUAUAUCGUAUUAAUCGAGAUAAUAUUCGAUUUGAUCCAUGUAUUUUUAUUUUUAUUAGUAUUAUUAUUAUUUGUAUGUUAAUUGGUAAUGAAUGGCAUUGUAGAAUUUUUAUGAAAAAAAUUCUUAAUCAUUAUGAUAAUCAUUCACCAAAAACGAAUAAAUUUAAAUAUGGAUUAAUUAUUGGUUUAUUAUUAUUAAUUUCUUUUAUUUUAUUAUAUAUUAUUGAUCGAUAUUGUACAUUUAUAAUAGGAUACGUAUAUUUAUUUAGUUUUAUGAUAUUUUCUUCAUUUAUUAUUUAUUUAUGUUUUGAGAAUUUUUCUUAUUUAUUAAUUAAUAAAUUUUACCGAAAAUUUAUGAAUACAGAUUUUAAAUUAAAUUAUAUUUAUCAAUUGUUUAGAUUAAUUCUUAUGUUUAUUUCAUUUAUUAUGAUUAUAUUAUGGUUUUUAAAUAGAUUUACAUAUAAUGGAUUUAUUAUGACGAAUUUUAUUGUUUCUUUUAUAACAAUUGUAAUUAUUGUACAAAUGAGAAUUGUUAAUCUAAUGAUAUGUAUGAUUAUAUUUACUUUUGUAUUUAUAUUUGAAAUUUUAUCAUUAUCUAUAAUAGAAUUAAAAAAUCAAUAUAAGAUAAAUGUAAUGAUUAUUAAUCCAGAAUUUCCAAUGACUAUUUGGAAAGUCAAUGGAGAUAAUCGAAAUUGGAUUGAUAUAGAAUUUAUUCAACAUUUAUAUAUAAAUAUGUUUGAGAAUAGUGGCUUAGAUUGUUUAUUAAGUGGUGGAAGUAUGAAUAUAUUGAAAAUAAAUGCUAUGAAAUGGAUUAUAAAAGAAAACCUGCCAUUUGUGUUUAAUUUUCCUCGAUUGAUUAGAAAUAAUGAUGAGUAA